CCUCACAGUGCUACAAGUGUUAUGCUGCAGCCUGCGGUGAGGAACAUUAGGAGGACCUGACCGAAGAAAGGACAGGAGAACAGGCUGGUCGCACCUCUGGUUUGUUUGUGAUCUGAUACCUGCACAACAGAUGAAUCCUGCAAACUUUUCCUCUGAGUGCGCUGUACCAACAUCAGAUCUUCAACUACAGUGAUAUUCUAAUGCAGGUGAGAACUGACUGGCAGAUUCAGCAUGAAGAGGUGCUCAAGCGAUCCGCCGGAUGGUGGCUAUGGCUGGGUCGUGGUCACCUCAGCCUUCUUCAUCAUGGGCCUCACCGCUGCUGUUUUAAAAAACUUUGGCUUGUUUUUUCUUGAAAUCCAAAGUCACUACAAUGUCCUUACCAGUACUACCUCAUGGGUGACCUCAACCACUAUUGCAGUGUUUCAUUUGGGAUCUCCUCUUGCCAGUACUCUAAGUAUGCAGCUAUCUCAGCGCACUGUUAUCAUGGUCGGAGGGCUUCUGGCUACCUCAGGAAUGAUUAUUGCCUCUUUGGGGCUCAGUCUGCCUUGGAUGUAUCUGUCUGUCGGUUUACUUCAAGGACUUGGUGUCUCAUUUUCCUGGUUACCAGCUAACAGCAUGGUCAGCCAUUAUUUCAGACGCUGGCGACCCAUUGCCUACGCCAUUGCUAGUUCUGGAGAGUGUGUCUUUGCCAUAGGAUUUGGCCCGUUUUUCCAGUGGCUUAUUGACAGAUACUCUUGGCAGGGGUCUCUGCUCAUCAUCGGUGGUCUUCAACUGAAUCUGUGUGUGUGUGGUGCUCUGAUGAAACCUCUUCCAUCUGCACAAUCCUCUAUCCAAGACAAACACAAAACAGACACAAAAGAGGAAAGCGGGACAUUAAAAAAAGCCACUUGCUCUCUCAUUCAGAAGCCUGAGCUGCUGCUAUAUAUAGUGUUUGCCAUCUUGGCUGCGGCGGGUUUCUUCAUCCCACCUCUGUUUCUGGUGCCUUAUGCCAGUAGUUUAGGCAUGGAGCAGUACUGGGCAGCCUCGGUUCUGUCAGUGCUGGCGUUGGCAGACCUGCUGGGCAGAUUAGCAUGCGGGUGGCUGGCUAACCUGCGGCUUGUGAGAAACCUGCAGCUGCUGACCAUGGUGGUCACUGCGCUGGGCGUGGUGCUGCUUCUGCUCCCCAUUGGACAGAGUUACUGGAGUAUCCUGGUUUUCUCCUCACUCUAUGGCUUCCUGUUUGGCUGCGUGGUGGCCAUCCAUGUGACGAGUAUCGUGGAUAUUGUUGGACUGGAGGGUUUUGAUAGCGCUCUAGGGCUCUUCAUGCUGUUCCGAAGCUCUGGAGGAUUUUUGGGUCCACCUGCUGCAGGUUGGCUGGUGGACUGGACUCAUGACUUCAGUGCUAGUUUCUACUUGUCUGGCCUCUGCCUUAUCCUGUCUGGGGUUUUCGUGGUGCUUGUUGACAGACUGGUGGAGAAGAAAAAACAAAGACUACCAGAUUUAUGUGCUGAGACUACAGAUCAUCCAAUACUUAAAGCGGACGGUGCCAAUGUUUAAAAGCCACUGAAGAUAAUUGGCCAGUGUUUUACUUUUGUUUUAUGAACUUUUGUGUAUUUAAAGCCAUAUUAUUAGUGAUGUUUUUACUCAGCCUCUCACCCCAUAACUUCCAGACAGAGAGAUAUUACUUUAAGACAGUGGCAUUAUUGUAGCCACGUUUUAAGCCACUAACGAUGACAAUUCAGAGUCUGUUUCUACCCUUAGAAAUAAUUAAAGAAGCACUGAGUGCAGAUUAUAUAUAUGACUAUUUUACAAUAUCUGAAAGCAAUAUAAAUAGUCUGAUUUUUCUGUUUGUGUGCAUGGCCAGUAAUACAUAUUACAUAUGCAUAUAAGCCACGUCCAGUGGCUCCAAAAACGUGAAGUGGCAUUUGCAAACAAGUGAUAUCCUUAUUUUCUCAUUGUCUCAAGGUCAUUUCUGAGGUUUAUCUAUUGUUUUCUUUAAAACAUUACAAACUUCUUUCUGUGAAGUGUACUUGUACUGUAUUAAAAUAAAUAGCAUUUGUUUUCAUAUACUUUUAACUGAUGCAAUUACAUUUAUUAGUGUAUUAGUGUUGUUUCCGAACCCCACAAAAACAAAGCCAUGCAAUUAGCUCAUCAGUUGUUGGGGAAGUGGAGUGGUUUACUUCACUAUUUAAACAAGUCUUUGUUUUGCAUUGUAUAAUACCACAUUUCUUUGAGUUUGUAAAGCAGUUUCUGUCUGCUCUGUAUAUGUGGUGUAAAUUGUGUUUACUUUGGAAUCACAAAGAUGCCUUGGAAAUGGAGAAAUCUGCUUAUAUGGACACAGCUGGCAAAUAAAUUGUACAAAGAAUUUUCACCUUUAACCUCAAAAUAACAGCCAGCCAAAUCAUUUUGUGCACUGAACUUAUGUUCCAGAAUCCUGUUCAACGUUCAGGUUUAUACGAAAAAACACUACUUACUGUUUAUAUCACGUCUGAUGAUUUUAUAAAUUUAUUUAUAUGGUCAAAUAGUGUGUUUCUGAUAUAAACGUGCCAUAAACAGUGGAAUCUUGUUGUGUUAUUUAAUGUUUUAGCAUUUUAGUCUUUUAGAACUUCUCCAAAAACAUAUACCAAGGACAAACAGCAGUGUUUUACUUUGUUUUAUUGUGUAAGUCAUGUCUUCGUUUGCAUAGAUGGAUUUGUCUGUUUAUGUAUGGUGUGUCUGAAUUUGUGGAGGUGACAAGACUUGCUGUGCCUUAACUGCAAGUGACAAUCGGGAAAUGAUUUUAACUAUUUAUUUUAAUGUUUCUUUUGAUUUGUAAUGAAUGUAUUAGCAGUAGAAAGUUUUUAGGUUAAUCAGAUCAGAUUUAUUUCUAAAUGCCAGGGUGAGUGGAAAGUUAAUUUGUUUCAGACAUUCAUUAAGAACUAUUAUAUAUGCAAGAAUUAUACUGUUUUUGAGUACUUUCAGAAGUUCUGUGAAAGCACAUCUUUGAAGCAUUUUACUGUAAAAUUAAAAAUUAGAGUCUAGAAGGACCACCAAAUUAGCAGGCUACUAUAACAAUGGCAUGUUACCUAUAAUGUAGUCAACCAAAGGUUCCAAAAACACACAGAUUAGAACGUUAAUCUGAACUGAAAAACACUAAAAAAACUGCGAGUUGUCGAAAAUCAUUUCUGAGUCCAGUGAUUAGGUAUAUCAGAUUAGUUUGUUUUCUUAGUGUAAACUGACGACUCCGAGAUCAUGCCAUCACUAGAUGGCAGUGUAACUACAGUAAGAGAAACAGGUUGUGCACUUUUUAUGCCAGUUCUAUAGACUUGAUCUGAGGCGUAACGAACUGCUUAACUGAGUUCUGAGAUCGUCUCGCUGUCCCAUCACUAGAUGGCAGUAUAACUACAGUAAGAAAAGCAAGUUGUGCACAUCGUGUGGUAAUUGAGUUGCGGUGUAAUGUACUGUUAGUCUUGUUUCAUACAAUAAAAAUAUGUAUUUUCACUUUC